CCCUGUUUGACCGCCUCUCUCCACCCGCCUCCCGCCUCACCACCACAUCCGUUCCGCUAGCUCCCUGUCUUGAGCGGCACCUCCGCGGCACUCGCUGCGGCGGCGGAUGCUCUAUGCCAACAAGCAGGACGUUGAGGCGGACCUCCGCGUCCAGCUGCUGGCGAUCCGUGAGCGAGAGCUCCGCUUCUACACGGCAAACUGCCGGACCAUCGGCACGCAGGCGUCCGUGUUUGCCGGCUUUGCGUUCGUCUGCUUCGAAUACGGAGUGCGGUUCGAGGGGCGCGAGGUGGUGGGUCAACUCGACGACGCGCCCUCCCAGCCGCCUGCGGCGCCCUCCCAGCCCUACGCGCCGCCGUCCCCUCCGCCGCCGCCCGGCUUCCUGGCCGAGGCGUCGGCGACACCAGAGGCGCUGCGGGUGCUGUUUGUGCUGUGCGCGACGGCGGCGAUGACGCUCAACCUGGGGGCGAUGUUCUUUGCAAACUGCCUCGCCCUCUUCGGCCCGGGCCUCGCGCUGCGUGGCGACGGCGUCGAGGCGAUGGACCGGGCGGUGGACGGACUCGCUCUCGAGUACCGGCUCGUCUUCCUCGCCUUCUUCCUCGGCACGCUCUCCUUCCUCGCGAUCGCCUUCAUCUACUCGCUGAUGCAAGGAGACAUCAUCCUCUCCGUCUCUCUCAUCUGCGUGCUGCUCUACCUGCUCCGGCACACCCUCCGCGCCUUCAAGCGGCUCUACAAGCGCUUCCGGCUCCCUCCCGCCCUCGCCCACUCUGGCAACUUCAACGCGCAGGACGGGUCACGCAUGGUGGACCCGCUCGUGCAGGAGGCGCAGGUGGCGGCGCUCUCGCGGCACGCACAGUGGCUCGAGAAGCUCGCGCAGCGCAAGCGGUGCCUCGACUGGCCGCUGCGGCAGUAUCUCUACCUCCGCCUCUUCUUUGACGACUUUGUCGGCGUGUCGGCGGAGGUCUUCGAGCUGCGCUACCGCGGCCACGCCACCGCGCCGCGCGGCGCGGGCGACGCGAUGACGAGCAAGGUCCUGCAGGCGAUCGAGCUCAACCGCUGCUCCGAGGGCGCCGCCGUCGACUACUCGCCGCACGUGCAGCGAGCGCUGAGCCAGGCGAGCGGAGGCGACGCCGACGACGCGGGCGGAGGCGGUGGUGGCGGUGGUGGCGGCGGCGGCGCGCCGCGCGCCGCCAGGGCGGGCGGGGCGGGCGCGCGGCGCAAGCUGCCGAUGCGGCGCCAGCCGAGCGAGGAGGGCCGGCGGGGCCUGCUCGGCGGCGGCGACGUGCCGAGCGACGCGUACCGGCAGAGCAGCUUGAGUAGCGCAUACCCUCCGACCGAGCUCUCGCUGCUUGGGGGAGGGGGCGCCGCCGGCAGCCAGGACGGCGGGGGCAGCAGCUCGCAGCACGCAGCCUGCAGCGCCGGGCGUUGGCCGGGCGGGUGCGCGACCGGCCCGCACCAGGCCGGCUGCUUCUCGCCCUCCCAGCUCCUCUCGACCGAGUCGCCGACGGCGUCGGAGGAGGACAGCGUCAAGCCCAGCCGGCCGCGGAGGUGGGACAUGGGAGGGUGGCUGGUGGAGCGCGGGGAGCAGCUGCUCCAGAAACUGUGAUCGAAUCGUAGUAUUGGGAUUUGGGUAAUGUGUGUGGACUUGUCACUUGAGCCUCUAUGAUUAGUAGCCCGUGGUUGCGCAGCGCUCUCGGAGAGGCGAGUGUGGGCGACUGACUGUCUGGUAUAGCCCCAGCCCACUCCGCGUGAACUCUCGAGGGAUCUCGAGUUGUUGCGGAGCUCCCAGCUCCUCGGUACGAACUCUGUUCACACCGAGCGGGCGCUCCUGGGUUCCAACUUUUUCCGGGGUAUGGUAUGGU